ACUUGCGUUCUAGCUCGAAACGUAUUUUUUCGCUUACAUUAGUGUCUUUUUAAAUAUGUUUCACUUUUAAUAUACACGUUACAAUUUUUAUUUGUAUCUAUUAAACUACAAUGUCACCAGACUAGUAACCGAAAUCGUUAACAUUUUGCAAGUACUACAUUUCCCAAAAUCAUACAGUUGCUAGGAUACAGUGCAACGCAGACUCUGCUUCAGAGCUAUUUUGCUAAGGGUCUCUGUUGUUACAACUAAAUGUAAACUGCUUGCUAAAGAAAUGACAGGAUUGGGGAUUUACAAACUGGACAAUGGAGAAAGUUACCCUACACAAUGUUUCCCAAUAAGAACAUUUUUUCAUCCAAGUAAUAAAGGUGCCGGACACUGGCUUGUUGCACAUAGAAAUACAUUGGAAGAGAGGAUUUCCAAAAAGACCAAAGUUUCACAUGUUGAAGUUCACUCGGGGAAAAGACCUGAGCGUGCUGGAAACAUUUUAGAUGCAGAGCUUCUGGUCACAUUGCAUUGUGUGGAUAAGCCCUCUGACCUCUGUUCUGUCAACAUCAGUUAUCAGGGUUUGCAAAAAGCCAGACUUGAGGGUUUGGAGGAAUUUGAUAAUAUUGCUUACAUAAAUGCCUCUGAUAACCAUUUAACUUUAGAACCUUUCAGCAAGUUUCCAGCAUUAAGGGAAUUGGAGCUAUCACUAAACGGUCUUCAUACUGUGGAGAUUCAUGCUGAAGAUUUUCAGAAAUUAGAGGUGUUGGAUUUAUCCUUUAAUAGCAUAACAUGUGAAAGUAUAUUAAAUCUAGGCCUGUUGCCCCAUCUAAAAGUGCUUCAUCUAACUGGAAACCAUUUGCAGAUGCUUCCACUUGAUAUGGCCGGCCCAUGUACCUGUCCUGAAGAAAAAAGCACACACCAUCAUGUCUUGCUUUUUCAAACUCUGGAGGUGUUAGUGCUUGAGGACAACAGGUUAACCUCUCCUGGUGUCUUCAUGAGCCUUGCUAACUUAAAAAGGCUUCAACAUCUAAACCUACAAGGAAAUUUCAUCUCAGGAGUCCCAUUCUUGGAACAAAUGGCACCUUUACAAGAUGCUCAGAAAACCUUUAAACCCGAUAGCAUGAAGCAGAAAACUGGAAACACUCUCUUAUUUCAGGAUGUCACAAUGAAUGAUACCUCUGAAAGGCUAAGCCAUCAAAAAUCAACCACAGGAACAUCCAAACGAAAGGAUCAUGAAUGCCCUGAAGAUUUUGGCCAACCUUUCCCAGAACUUCGACAUCUGAAUUUGUCCAACAAUCAGAUAGCAGAGGAAGAGGCAUUGUUGCCUGUGGCAUUGUUUCCCAAACUCAAUGAACUUGUUAUUCACUCAAACCCCUUGACAACACAGAGAUGUGGUGACCCACCGAUGUUAACCAGUUUUCUGCAGGAACAGCUUGGUAUUAAGAUAAGACGCAAAAAGUCAUCUGAUCUUAAACAACGCAUUAGUCCCACCGUCAAUCCUAAACGCAAGGUAAAAACUAAAAUUCCAAGAGUGCCAGAUAAUGUAAAAGAUAGUACUCUACCCAUAGAUUAUAGAUUAAACUCCGGAUUCAGUGCCUCAUCUAAAAGAAGCAUUGAAGAGGAAGAUGAAAUUGCCUUAGGCCAUGAGCAUUUUGACAUGGCAAGCAUAGCUAGUGAGACAAAUCGAAAUGAAGAGCCGUUCUUUGUGACAGAGAUUGAUGUCCCACAUGAAUCAGAUUACCAAAAGAUACAAGAAGAUGAGAAGAGAAUGGUUAAAAAACAUAGUAAAGUAUUUCCAGAAAAACUCGCCGGUUAUGAAAUCUUAUUUGAUGAAGAAUCAGAGCCGGAAAUGCCUGAGAUUUCUGGAAUUCAACAUGCCGUCAGGACUUUGGAGCACACGCUCAAGAACCUUCUUGUAUAUAGAGAUUCUAAAGCAAAUCUUGACCGUCCCCAAAAACCAUAUAUUGAAAGAGAGAAAAAGAUUAAUAAUUUGCCACCUCUAGGACCAAAGAAGUCAAAAGGGGAUAAGGUUAAGGAAAUCCUUACUCAAAUGAAGGAGACAAAAACAACAAGCAAAGUUCCCUUAGACAAAGUCCUCAGUGGAGGGAACAAUAUUUGUAAGAAAGAUUAUGAGGAAGCAUUGACUUUGCUGAAGGACAUGCAGAGGAGAUACAAAAUGGCCCAUCGGGAAUCAAUGGAACAAGCAGCACAUCUUGAGAUUAAGGAGAUCUAAACUGAUCAAGUGUUUUGUAUUUAAAUCUACAUAUACAGAGUGCAUUUUGGAAAUGGAAAUGUUAGCACAUGUUUACAAAGAUCAGUUUAAAAUAUUGAAAAGAUGACAAAUGAAUAUUGGCCUAUGUGACUUCCUAUCGCAUUUUUACUGUCUGAUGUUUUAAGUUUGGUUCAGAAUAAAUUUUUUAUUAUGUACUGAUGUAAAUGUAUGCACUUACAUGUCUAGGGAUUUUUAUUGUUUAAACUCUGUCAAUAAUGUUUUCGUUUCAACCGCAUAAAGUGGCAUAAAAAUGG